CAGGCCAGGCGGAGAGCGCGUGAGCUGAAGGUGGGUCUGUGGAGCAGACUGCCGCUGCUGCUGAUGUCGCUGGUCGACUAACAGCAAGUCUUUCUUCGCCAUAGAAGUUUUUCAGGAGACUAGGCGUGCUAAUUCAGCUUUAUUCUGCUUUCAACACAACCUAGAGUGAUAAACCCAAGAGGAUAACGGACAUGAAUUUGGCUGUACCCUUGUGCGCUCGAGCGCUUUUCUUGGCUCAAUUUCUGGCUUCAUUCCUCUUCUGCCAUGUGCAAGGCCAAAGUGAUGGCAGUGGCGUGGUGGUGGCCAUGUACAAUAUCAGCGCCUCCCAGGGAUCUCAGGCAGUAUUGCAAUGUCAUAGUCAGCGCAUGGUGUGGACCCAAGACCGCUUAAAGGACCGCCAAAGGGUAGCGCACUGGGAUUUACUUCGUAGUGGCCCAGACCACGCAAUGGAACGUGUCAUAGACAUGUUUUCUGCUGGAGACCAGCGCAUCUACAACGGCUACAACCAGGGCCGCAUUUACAUGCCCAAGACUGCUUUUAAGGACGGCAACUUCUCAUUGGUAAUCAAAGAUGUUGCGAUGAGUGACAAAGGAAUCUACUCCUGUAACCUGCAUCAUCAUUACUGCCACCUGUACGAGUCGAUCAAAGUUCAGCUCAAUGUCACCAAAUCAGCACGUAAGGAGAGGCGGUUUUGGGAUGGUCAGAAGGCAGUGUUUGUGGUUCUGGUGGGCAGCACGGUGGUUCUCCCUUGCAUUAACCGCCGGCCUAUCUGGACAGAGGGCAACAGUCAGGAGGACCAACAACAAGUAGUGCACUGGGACCGUCAACCUCCAGGGGUCCGACACGACCGUGCCGAUCGGCUCAUCGACCUGUACGCUUCUGGUGAGAGGCGUCACUAUGGACCACUGUUUGUUCAGCAAAAGAUGAAUAUUUCUGCCACAGCGUUCUCGCAGGGAGAUUUCUCUCUGAUCAUCUCAGACACCCAGCCUCUGGAUCAGGGGCUAUACUCUUGUCAUCUCCACCAUCACUACUGCGGUCUGCAUGAGAGACGCAUCUUCCAGCUUACCGUGACGCCUCCAGUCCCUCAGAUCCCUCAGGAACCCACAGAUGAACCUCAGUAUCUUCCAAAUGAAGACCCAAGCACCAAUAUGGUGGAAGUGCCGCCACAUGUAAUCAACGUCAUCUUGCCAGAGCAGAGGAGUCACUUCCUGCAGCAACUGGGCUACAUCCUGGCGACUCUUCUCUUACUGGCCCUUAUCGUGUUGGCUGUCAUUUUCCUCACACGUCACCGGAAAAGACAAGGCCAGGAUUUUGAUCCACGGAAAGUCGAAAGUCCACCUCUGCCGAUGGUGACGUAUGUGGGCCACACGUCAUCUGUUAAGAAAGAAUGUGAGCGAAGCAUCCCAGAAGUGAAGUCAAGCAACCAAGAGGAGACGAAGUUGGACUACAAGAACAAUCUUCUGAAGGAAGCGGAAAUGUCCAAACUUUGCUCCCAGAAAGCUAUUGACCUGGACAGAGAGAUGGUGAAGCCAUCUUGGAAAUAAGAGGCACCUUGCCACUGGCUGGUCCAGGGGCAGAUUUGGAAACGGAUGAAGAAUGAAGUGCAGAGAGGUGACAAUAUGGCAAGGAAAUAAGUGAAAGGAGAGAAGGACACAGUUGUCUCUUUUUUUUAUCCUGACUCAAGAUCCUUCGUAUGUUUGGCUCUUGUGAAGCUUGCAGGAAGCACCAGAGUCUCACCAGCAGUAUUUUGUACAACUGAUAUAUCAGACUAAUGGCAAACAACUGUUUCAGAGCACCAAAAUGAUAAUCAAAAAGCUUAGAAAAUGCAAGAGUCAGCAUUUUUUUUAAUGAAUUUUGCCCAGUGCUGCCGCGUGCUUUAUGAGUAAGAAAAAACACCCCCAGAAUUCUGUGUCCUAAGUGUCAGAAUGUUUAUACUGGUGUGAGGUAUGAGCUAUUUAAGGAUGAGGCCUGGCCGAGGCUGGGGCAUGAACAGUUAUGUGAGGAAGAACCUUUUUAUUCUUUGUGGAAUCAAAAAACUUUGCAAUUUAGACGGUACAGUUUUAGAUGAUUCUGUAAUUAAACAUGUAAUUAAAAAUCCAUACCUGUAUGAUCACAAAUAUUGCAGAAGCUAUUGCUACAUCACAAAAUGCAUUUUUAGGCGUUGUUCAUAUCUCCUCAAUAGGUUUAAGCUGUGCUUUCUGAAAGAUACAAUUCAUAAGCAUUUUUAAUACCUUUACUGUAUUAUAUGAACAGCAUGAUUUUUAAAAGUUCCAUUUGAAUAAUUAUACUAGGUCAAGUAGAUUUUGCUUAUAUUUUUGAUCUGUCUAUGUGGUUAUGUUUAAAAUCAUAAUUUAGCCCAGAUUGAAUCUUGGAAUUUUCUAUGCUGGUUUUGUAUAACAGUUUUAAACAUGGAGAUUAAAAUCUACAUUCUUAUUGUUAUUGAAUGCACAGUCAGUUUAGCCAAAACAUUUCAAUAUAUUAAGUCAUAAUGUUCAUUUAAAUCAGUAUUUUUUUGUUUUGUUUCUCAUUUUGAUAUUAUAUUCCCAUUAUUAACUGUGUUAGCACAAAAAGCUACAAUUCCCUUAAUGUGUAACAUUUUCUAUCACAAUCUUAUGUAUUCUGGCUGUCAUCUAGUUUUUUCAUGUUAUUGUUUGUAUAUUUUCAUAUUUGCUUUUCUCAUGUUACAAACCUUACUAACUGCCUUUGUCACAGUCUAUUUGAAUAUUCUGGCAUUAUUUAUCCAUACUUGCAGCUUUUAGUCAUUUGCAGCAAACAGUUAAGUGUGAAACUGAUUCAAAUGCAUGUACUGGUACAACAUGAAAAUAAUUUCAUUUGAAUAGUAUGGCUAUGAAUAUUCAGGCAUGAUAGAUGCAAACAUUUCUUUCCUAGCUUGCUCAAAUCAGUGUUAUGCAAUGUGUGCUGCUUUAUCUUUAACAGUUUAUUAUGGUGAAGCUGAAGCAAUGCUUUUCCCCAUUAUGAUAAUUAUAUGACACUCAGUCAGCCGCCCUUCUGAUUUGCUUAAAGGCUUCAAAAUAAGAAUGUGUUAAUAUCAUUGAUUGAGGUUGCAAGAGGAAUUUGCUGGGUAGACUACAAUGCUUUUGGUACAUGAUGCCACAUAAUGGAUAAUCCUGAAGCAGUUUUAUUAUUGAUGAUUUAAUUUUCCAGUUCACUGCCAAUGUUCUCUCUUUCAAAGCAGAAUAAAAUUUUAGCCUCUGGAUUA